AUAUCAUUUCAAGAUGUACGUCUUACUAAUUCUGUUAGUUUCUAUAUAUUAUUCACUCGUCGAUGGUUUUGGCCUCCAUGGAUUUACUUUUAAGGGUUUAGAUGAGCCACAAAUAUUGGAUACUCGUACAAAAGAUGUACAUGAGAAAUGGUUAAUUCAACCAUUAGAUCAUUUUAAUUCACGUGAUAAUAACUUAUGGCAUAUGCGUUACUACGAAAAUGCAGCCUUUGUAACACAAACUGGACCGAUAUUGAUCAUGCUCGGCGGAGAAUGGGAAAUAAAACCUAAUUUUUUAACAAAUGGACUGAUGUACGACAUUGCUGUUGCUCAUGGAGCCAUGAUGUAUUAUACUGAACAUCGAUACUACGGAAAGAGUAAACCCAUACAAAAUAUUAGUGAAGAAAAUCUGCAAUAUUUAAACGUCGAUCAAGCUUUGGCUGAUAUAGCUUAUUUCAUUGAAAGGAUGAAGCGAAACCUUGGUAAGGAAAACGCAAAAGUAAUUGUUUUUGGUGGAUCAUAUGCUGGUAAUAUGGCAGUAUGGGCUAGAUUAAAAUAUCCUCAUCUCAUUCAGGGUGCCGUGGCUAGCAGUGCUCCGAUAUAUGCAAAAGCUAAUUUUUAUGAAUAUAAUGAAAUUGUGGCAAGGUCUCUUCAGAACUAUGACGAACAAUGUCCGAUCGAUAUUAAAGCUGCGUUUGAUUCCGUAAAGGAAUUAUUGACUGAUAAUGGUGGUGCUAAAAAAUUGAAAACAUAUUUCAAUCUGUGCAAAGUGCCGAAUGUAAAAUCUAAUAACGAUGUUAGUCACCUUAUAAAUAUUUUCAUAGAGAAAUUUGCUGGAAUUGUUCAAUAUAACAAAAAUCAGGAUGGUAACAAGUCGGAUAUCUCUGUUUGUUGUGAUAAUAUGACAGCAACGUAUUUGGGAUCACCACUUCAAAGAUUAGCUCGAUUGCUGAGUAAAGACGAUGGUAGUUGUUUAGAUACGAGUUACGAACAGUUCAUAUCACGCCAUAGGAAUAUAAGCUGGAGUUCAGACAGUAUAAUAAGGAGGUGGUAUUACCAAACGUGUACGGAGUAUGGUUAUUACUCAACAACUGAUUCCAAAGAUUCGAUUUUUGGAUCUCUUGUCCCAUUAGAUUACUUCCUGAAUAUUUGCGUCAACUUAUAUGGAAAUUAUUACGAUGGUAAUUUUUUGAAAUCGAGAAUAGAACGAACGAAUUUGAUUUACGGUGGUUAUAAACCGGAUAUAACCAAUGUCAUUUUUACAAAUGGCGAUGUGGAUCCUUGGCAUAAACUUUCAGUUUUACUAGAUUUGAACGAAUCUACACCAACUAUACUUAUAAAAGGUGCAUCUCAUUGUCAAGAUUUAAUGAAUGAUCUUCCUACGGACCUGCCAGAUUUAAGAGAGGCAAGAAAAACUGGAAAGCAAUUUGAAGAAUUUCAGUCGACUUCGAGUUUUCUGAAGGAACCACUGAUGCCACUCAUCAUACUAUCGCUGGAUCCAACACUCGAGCAACCAAAUCCUUGUUUUAAAGCAGAUACGGCACCUUCUCGUGCUUUUUCAGAAUACUGAGACAUACCUGCAUUUUAUCAUGACUUAACAAUAUCGGUCUUAUUUCUAAUAGUUCUUGUCGCCAAAGAUCUAUAUAAAAAAAAAAUAAAUAAAUAAAAAAAAAAAAGAAAAAGAAAAUAUCAUUAGAGUCGUUUGGAUAGGAAUUUUUUUUAAUUUCUUCUAAUGUAUUCAAAUUUUUCUUACCGAUCAUUUCUUUCAUAGGCAUGGUACCACCGUACUCUUUAGGUAACAUACUAGCAUCCAUUUUGUUAUUUAAUGCAUCUUCCAGACUAGUAUAGAUUUUAACACGGCUUUUUAUUUUCUCGGAUAUCAAGGACAUUCCAAAAUCAAGGGCAAACUUCAAAGAUGGAUGUGCGUUGAUAGCAUGAACUUCUUUGUGUCUCAUCGGUACUGUACGCUAAAAACGAAAAUUUUCCAGAUAUCCAGUCGAAAUGUUUAUUCUUCGAAAGAUUUCGAAAUGUUAAUGAAUAUAUUAUUACAUUCAUUACGUAAUGUAUUCUAUUGAUAUUAUAUAUAAGAAUCUGAUGUUUUUGAUGAAUUCAUAUCGUAAAAUUAAAAGUGAAAGAAACGAAAAUCGGUUCUUGGUUUUCUCGUUUUUUUUCUUUUCGAA